UGUUUGUACUACACGUCAUUGAUCGUGAACGUGUUGAAAGUAAACAACACGCGUGCUCUAUGCUUGCCGUGUCAACACCUACACGACACACGUCAACAAAUUAACGCUGGAGGUCCGCUGCUAAAUCAUACGGCAACCUAUAUCCUGCUGGGAACUAUUUAAUGCUGAGUGAUGUACAUCGUUCUACACGUAAAAACUAACAUAUCGAAAGUGUGAUAGAUCUGUAGAACAAUGGAUAUCGGCUAGUGGAAUUUAUGAUAUUUGGCAACAUUGGAACAUUCUAGAAAUUAGCAUGGCGCUAAGGGGAGGAGCUCAGUCCCAGGACAAUCGAGCAUUCCAGGCUGAUCAGGGCCCAGGCGAACACAAGUACGAUGACCUUGACGAUGACCUUUACCAGCCGUUCAGCAACCCGCUCCGUGAUGAGGACAGGAAACCUCCACGUGACCCGCCUCGACCAAUCGGUCGCUCACCUGACGUCACAGAUGAUGACAGGUCUUCUCCUGAUAGAAGCUACUCGCCUGAGAGAGACAGGUCUCCACCACAUAGAAACAGAUCUCCGCAUGAUAGAAACAGAUCACCGUCAGAUAGACGAGAUAGAAGGAGACAUUCCCCAGAUAGAUAUAGAGACAGAGAUAGAUCCCCAUCAGAUAGAAAUAGGGACAGAGAUAGAUCACCAUCAGAUAGAUAUAGGGACAGAGAUAGAUCACCAUCAGAUAGAUAUAGGGACAAAGAUAGAUCACCAUCAGAUAGAUAUAGAAAUAGAUCGCCGCCAGAUAGAUAUAGAGACAGAGAUAGACCCCCAUCAGAUAGAUAUAGGGACAGAGAUAGACCCCCAUCAGAUAGAUACAGAGACAAAGAUAGAUCACCAUCAGAUCGAAACAGAGACCGGAGACACUCCCCCCAAGACCGACGACCUGAAAGACGCCGACCUUCACCAGAUCGACACCCCAGCAGACGACUUUCCCCCAGCAGAAGCGACAGCGACGACAGCCGAGCAUCACCCAGAAGAUCCCGCCGCCCACCCUCGCCCGCCGACAGCUACGAUGACCCCUGGGAUUCGAUGCCCCGAAAAGGAAAAAAACCCUCCACCCCUUAUUCUAAAACGCCUCCAAAAGAUAAGCCCUCCACGUUAAACUCUCAGAAACCAGAGUCUAAAUACAACACGUACGAGUCAUACGCACCCAACUAUCAGGGUUACGAUGGACCAAACAAUGACCCGUACAGAAAAUCCAACGGACUCAAUAAUAACAACAAUGUCAAGAAAAUUGGGAGACAAAUUUUGGGCCCCGAAUCUUUAACACCGAGUGACAGCAAAAGUCGAGACAGUACGUCCUUUCCAUCCCAGGGCUCGAUGCUGAAUAUCGACGACACGAACGAUAAACGAAAACUCAUCUACGGGGUGGAUGAGAACGAGGAGAGGGGCAACUGGACUGGGAAGUUUGACUUCAUCCUCUCGAUGAUUGGAUACGCCAUUGGUUUGGGCAACGUCUGGAGGUUUCCUUAUCUCUGUUAUCGUAAUGGUGGCGGAGCUUUCCUCUUCCCUUUUAUCCUGAUGAUGUUCAUGAUAGGGCUGCCACUUUUUUUCUUGGAAUCAUCGCUCGGACAAUUCACUAGCUGCGGAGCUACGACCUGUUGGAAUUAUGCCCCUUUGUUCAAAGGUGUUGGUGUUGCCAUGGUGAUUGUCUCCGCCAUGACAGGUAUAUACUACAACAUGAUCCUGGGCUGGGCUCUCCACUACAUGUUCGCCUCCUUCACCAGUGAUUUACCUUUUCUUACCUGUGAUAACAACUGGAAUACUCAAGACUGCAAACUGAAGCUGCCUAAAAUGGAAUGCGAUGGAGACAGCAAAGGAGCUGAUGGUACAUGUAAAAAUGGGAAUGGGAAGGAGAUAGGGUUGUGGAACAAAACUCUUUUCUUUGAGGCCACUGGACGGAAGUUGAAAUCUCCUUCUCAAGAAUACUGGGAAAGAUCUGUAUUAGGUUUCAGUGAUGGCAUCCACCAUUUCGGACAACCUAAAUGGGACCUUGCCUUGUGUCUGUUGCUUGCCUGGGUCAUAUGUUUCUUUUGUUUAAUUAAAGGCAUCAAAAGCACUGGAAAGGUUGUUUAUUUCACAGCCUUGUUUCCCUACGUUGUUUUGAUAAUUUUGUUGUUUCGUGGUGUAACCCUUGAAAAUGCUGAAGUUGGAAUUUAUUAUUUUAUCACCCCAGUAUUUGAAAAACUUGGAGAUGCUAAUGUGUGGAAAGAUGCAGCAAAUCAAAUAUUUUUCUCCAUGGGUAUAGCAGGUGGUGGUCUAAUCACUCUAUCCAGCUACAAUAGAUUUCAUAGCAAUAUUCUCAGAGAUUCCAUAAUUGUUACAUUUGGUGACUCCUUGACCUGCAUUCUUGGAGGAUUUGUUAUCUUCUCAUAUCUUGGCUACAUGGCUGGUCAGCUGGAGGUGGACAUCCAGGACGUGGCAGCUGAUGGUGCUGGUCUAGCAUUUGUUGUUUAUCCUGAAGCUGUGUCCAACCUCCCCCCACCUACCCUGUGGGCGUUGCUUUUUUUCAUUAUGCUGUUAACACUGGGAUUGGAUUCUCAGUUCACAAUGAUAGAGACAGUAUUAACUGGCAUCAUUGACCAGUUCCCUAAGUUACGGGCCAGAAAAGUUUUUGUACUUUUGGCUAUUUGUAUUGUACUGUUUAUACUAGGACUUCCUCUUACAUGCCCGGGUGGCAUGUACAUGUUGCAGCUUAUGGACAACUAUGUUGGGGGGAUGACACUCAUCAUAAUAGGUUUUAUUGAGGUGACAUCAAUUACUUACAUUUAUGGUGUUCGACGAUUCUGCCGCGAUAUACAGCUAAUGACUGGCUCCACAAUUUUCAUUUACUGGAAAGUCACUUGGUGUGUGCUCAGCCCACUCACAAUUGUUUUCAUCUUUAUCUUCAUGUUCAUUGACUACAAAGGCACCAAGUAUGACACAUACACAUACCCAGGCUGGGCGGAUGCCAUGGGUUGGCUCAUGACUUUCACAUGUAUCAUAUCCAUCCCAAUCAUUAUGUUGUACAAGAUAUGUCGGGAGAAGGAAGGAAAAAGUAUAUGGCAGAGGAUCCGGUUGCUCUGUCUUCCAUCUGUAUAUUGGGGCCCAGCUCUACCAAAGCACAGAGAAUUAAUCACCUACGUAGAUGGAUUUCAAGUGGAUCCACUCAGAAAUUUGAAAUCCAAAAAUAGAUUUGCUAACAGAAGACUCCAGCGGUCCUUGCAACCUAGUGUAAAGACUGAGAGCAGGACGUCUUUACUUGCCUCGCGUAUAUCAGUGAUCUCAAGUUUAUCAAAGAUGACGAUUGGGACGCAGCGUUCAGAGAAAUCAGGAAUUUCUUUUGAAACCAAUGUAUAAAGUAAUGUAUAGGCCUACUGAUAUUGAGAAAAUGUGAUAUCAAAAAUAUCAUCUGCUUAAGUUAAUUUACAUAUGUUAAAAUAAAUUUUAUUUUAAGUUUACUCAUGCACAAUAAAAGAACCAGUUUAAUUUUUAAUACACCUUUUUGUUUUAACUCUAGAAUCACUUUUGUGAUAUGUAAAUGACAUUUUGUAUAUACAUUGUUUCAUGAGUAUUUGAAUUUAUAUUUUACUAACUGUUUAUGUAUUCGAAAAAACCAUAAGUUAAAAAGGGCAUAUUUUUUAAACCGUUUCUAACAUUUGUAAUUCAAUCAA